AUGGCAGAAGCAUUAUCCGGAGGUGGGAAGGCUCUACGAGCUUGUGCCUCAGUCCUCGGUGGAAUGUUUUCCUUCGCUGUUUCCACUGACAAUGUAGACGUUGCAAGAGCGCUAGGACAAGGUCUAGCACAAGGACUGGGAGUAGGUCUGGGUCUAGGACUAGGUCUAGGAGCUGUGUAUGUUGGUUAUAAUUCAUUAAAACCAAAAAUCGAUGGCGCAGUCACAAGAGGUGUUGGUGGCAAACGCGAUGAUCAGGACGUUCGUGACAUUCGACCAGGAAGUUUGCAUUUUGAGUUACAUUGUUUCACAGACGAAAGGUUUCUGGAAGUCUUGGCGGAUUACGAAUCAGGAAGAAUGAAGGAACGCUUGCAGGAAGAACUUUCGCUGGUUGGAAUUAAAGUGGAAGGACUGAAGGUGAAGAUUGAAAACAUGGAGGAGGUGAAUGAAAUAAGGGAAGCGAUUACGAAAAAGAGAUGCAUUGAUGAAAACUCAUUCAGAAAGGAAAAUGUUGAAAUAUGUGCUACCGAAAGUGGUCCAUGGGCGGAGGAGUAUGCCGAGUGUCGGAAAUAUUCUGCUAAAACUGGAGAAGAUACUGCAGCGACAGCCAAUAGUUAUUACAAAUCUGGAAUCUCGCGACACGAGAUGAAAGAUUACAAGUCAGCGUUGCGGUUACAACGAAAAGCGCUUGAAAUCAGAUUGAAGUUGUAUGGAGAAGAUCAUCCCGACACGGCUGGAAGUUUUCGAGAAAUUGGCAACACACAAUAUGAGAUGAAAGAUUACAAAUCAGCAUUAGAAUCGCAUCAACGGGCUUAUCACAUCAAUUUAAACCUGCAUGGAGAGAAUCAUCCCGAGACUGCUGAAAGCUGCGACACCAUUGGAAUUCUACAACAUGAACUGAAGAAUUACAAAUUAGCUUUAGAGUGGAAGCAAAAAGCUCUGAAUAUUAGAUUAAAACUAUACGGAGAAGAUCAUUCACGCGUAGCUAAGAGUUAUAAUAACAUCGGAAUCACACAACAUGCGCUGAAGGAUUACAAGUCAGCACUUAGUUCACAUCAAAAUGCACUUCAAAUCAGAUUAAAGCUACAUGGGGAAGAUCAUCCUGAUACCGCUCAAAGUUAUCACGGCAUCGGAAUCAUACAACAAGAGUUGAAAGAUUUCAAGUCAGCAAUAGAGUCGGAACAGAAGGCACUUCAAAUCAGAAUGAAGCUGUAUGGAAAAGAGCAUUCCGACACUCUGGAGAUGUAUCGUGAAAUCGGUGUCACGCAACGUUCAAUGAGAAACUUCAAAGCAGCAUUAGAGUCACAUCAAUAUGUCGUGCAAACACAAUUGAAACUGCAUGGUGAAUACCAUAAUGAUACCGCUGUCGCCUAUUGCAGCCUGGGAAUCACGCAACAAGAGAUGAAAGAUUACAAGUCUGCAUUAGACUCGCAUGAGCAUGCUUUAAAAAUUAGAUUAAAUCUUUACGGAGAGGAUCAUCCUGACACCGCCGAGAGUUUUGGUGACAUUGGAGCCACACAUUGUGAGAUGGGAGACAACGAAUCUGCAUUAGAGUCGCACAACAAAGCUCUUCAAAUCAGAUUGAAAUUGUUUGGAGAAGAUCAUCCCGACACAGCUGAUAGUUAUUUCCAAAUUGGGAAUGUACAAAAGGAAAUAAAAUAUUACAAGUCAGCAUUAGGAUCUAAGCAAAAAGCUGUACAAAUCCUAGUAAAAUUAUUUGGAGAAGAUCAUCCUGAGGUAGCUGAAUAUCAUCUUGAUAUUUCUCGUGUGCAAGAUCUUUUGAACGAUAAAAAGAGCCCUGAAGUGGAACAAAAAACGUUGCCAAAAUGGGACGAAUACUUGUAG